CAGCCUUUUACUCCAUUUACUUGUUGAUGUAUGUAUCAUCACGUUUCUAUAAACUCUUGCAUGUAUACAACUUUUGAAAGAAACUGGGCUCUGUUCAUUUCGUUCCAACCUGAUUUGAUAUUUGAUUUCAAAGAUCACUUGUCAUGAAUUUGUAAUGGCUCCGUAGUCGGUAAUUUUCUUGUUCAGGUCAAUAUGCUCGGUAAUUUUACAGCUUAUAUUUUUGUGAUUGGAUCGAUUACAUGGUUUUGAAGGAGAUGUUUGUCUGUUCGUGGGACUAAGACGAUGAGUGGUGGGCUUCGGACAAGCGUGAAGGGGUACAUUAUUGCACAACGGGUCACUGGGGCACUGGAAAUAAACACAGUGCACGAGAAUGAGAAUGAGACGAGCAUAAAUGUAACUAGCAAUUCCACAGCUGCUGACUCUGUGGAUCAUCCACCUCCGCUUUCAGUUCCAGAGACUUCAGCUUCAUACGGGCUCAAUAUCUGUGAUGGGAACAUUCCUUGCUUUUCAAUGUUGAGCUCUGCUGCAGAGUGUAUGGCUUCUUAUGGGACUACAACCGGUGCUGAGUGUCCUCCUCACGCUGGUAUGUCUACAAUUCAUCCACUAUUCCACUGUUUACUGGUUUAGUAUCUUCUACGUAAAUUAAAGUGGGCAUCUUUGUCCUUUGAAAUGUA